GUACUUGAGCAUUUCACCUCUUUCUUUCUUCUCUCUUUAGCUCUUUCUUCCCUUUUUUUCCCCACAUUUUACACCUCAAGAAAAUCUCAAUACCAUAAAUAAAUUAUAUUUAUUUACACCCUUUUCUCUCCUUAACCAAACUUUUAUCUUUAUCUUUUUUUUCAAAAAAAAAAAAAAUGGGAAGUGAAAAAAUCAUGAAGAUUAACAUCAAGGAAUCAACAUUAGUAAAACCAUCAAAACCAACACCAACAAAAAGACUUUGGAGUUCUAACUUAGAUUUAAUAGUGGGAAGAAUUCAUCUUUUAACAGUAUAUUUCUAUAAACCAAAUGGAUCUUCAAAUUUCUUUGAUUCAAAAAUAAUGAAAGAAGCAUUAAGUAAUGUUCUUGUUUCAUUUUACCCAAUGGCUGGAAGAUUAGCUAGAGAUGAACAAGGAAGAAUUGAGAUAAAUUGUAAUGGAGAAGGAGUUUUAUUUGUUGAAGCUGAAAGUGAUGCUUUUGUUGAUGAUUUUGGUGAUUUUACUCCAAGUUUGGAACUUAGGAAACUUAUUCCUACUGUUGACACUUCUGGUGAUAUUUCUACUUUCCCCCUCAUCAUCUUUCAGGUUACUCGUUUCAAAUGUGGUGGAGUUUCACUUGGUGGAGGAGUAUUCCACACUUUAUCAGAUGGUCUCUCAUCAAUUCACUUCAUCAACACAUGGUCCGAUAUAGCCCGAGGCCUCUCCGUCGCCAUCCCGCCGUUCAUCGACCGGACCCUCCUCCGUGCACGGGACCCACCAACAUCGUCUUUCGAGCACGUCGAGUAUCAUCCUCCUCCAUCUCUAAUUUCAUCAUCAAAAACCCUAGAAUCCACAAGCCCAAAGCCUAGUAUGACAACCAUGUUAAAAUUCUCUAGUGACCAACUUGGGCUUUUAAAGUCCAAGUCCAAACAUGAAGGUAGCACAUACGAAAUCCUCGCGGCCCAUAUUUGGCGUUGCACGUGCAAAGCACGUGCACUAGCCGACGAUCAAUUGACCAAAUUACAUGUUGCCACUGAUGGUAGGUCUAGGCUUUGUCCUCCUUUACCACCAGGUUACUUGGGAAAUGUUGUGUUCACAGCUACACCGAUGGCAAAAUCAAGUGAACUUUUACAAGAACCAUUGACAAAUUCAGCUAAGAGAAUUCAUACUUCAUUGUCAAAAAUGGAUGAUAAUUACCUAAGAUCAGCGCUCGAUUACCUCGAAUUACAGCCCGAUUUAUCGGCUUUAAUCCGUGGCCCGACAUACUUUGCUAGCCCUAAUCUUAAUAUUAAUAGUUGGACUAGAUUGCCUGUUCAUGAUUCAGAUUUUGGAUGGGGAAGACCAAUUCAUAUGGGACCAGCUUGCAUUUUAUAUGAAGGGACAGUUUAUAUAUUACCAAGUCCAAAUAGUAAAGAUAGAAACUUACGUUUGGCUGUUUGUUUAGAUGCUGAUCAUAUGCCACUAUUUGAGAAGUAUUUGUAUGAAUUUUGAGAGGUUGGAAAAAAUCAAGAAUUAUCCUAGGUGUGGUGUGGUUUUGGAUUAAGGCAUUUUGUAACUUGUUUUCUAAUGUUUUUUGGGGUCAGUUUUGUUUUACAUUUCUUUGUAAUGAAUUGAUCUUUUUAUGUAUUUGCCUAUGUCUAAGCUUACAACUCCAUAUUUCCUUUUGUAAUCACAUUUGUUUUCCAGUUGGAGGAACGAUAAAGUUGGAUUCUA